AUGCAUUUCACCUUCCCAGCCUCUGCUGGAAUCCUUGCACUUAGCGCCACUAUGGUGCACGCAACCACUUUCCACAACACAGACUCUGCCUACACCAUCAACGUCGCCAAGAAAGACGGCAGCACCAGUUACGUUGGCCCUAACAGCAGCAUCCAGAUCUCUGACGGCUGGGCAUAUAUUCGCGUCUGUCAACAGCAGAAAGCUGGAGACUGGUUCGUCUGUCGGCCGGGUGAGGUGACCUGGCCGGAUUGGUAUGGCGAGGUGUUUUGGUAUCUAGGCGGAUUGACCGAUGCAAGUGGUAUGUUUUAA